AUGUGACAGUUGUACACAACAGUAUUAUACUCAAAAGAUAACUUACUUAAUCUGCAUUAGGUACACAUAUAUAUAUAUUGUACUCAAAAGAUAACUUAAUUAAUCUUUCUUGUUGCGUAACUGAUGUGGAACAAUACCAAUCAUAAACCAGGAUCAUUUGCUAAAUUAUAAAUUAUUAUACUCAAACGAAAGAGAGGAUUUACAUAAACGUUGUUUAGAAAAGACGAAUACAAAAACGUGUGUUAAUAUAUUAGAGAAUUGUAUUGAAACGACUAGUUGGAUAAAUAGCUAUGACGAUGAUCCUGCAUGAUGAUUGUACAUAUUCAAUGAUAUAAACAAGUUUAAAUGAUAAGUUCAAAACAACAAGUUUAAAUGAUGUUAAAAAAAAAAAAUUCAUCGAAAAGACUAUUUUAUUAAUCAGACUUAAGUUAGCUUGGGUAACUAUAUCGGAAUCUUAACUAAAAAAAAAGUUUAAAUGAUGGUUAUUGUCUAUUUUAUAUAUGUAGAACAGAUAAGUUUAAUAAUGAUAUAUGGGUGUCUUUGUUGAAUAUUUUUCUUUUGGGUCAAAUUUUGUGUAAGAUAAUUGUUGUAUAGUUUUAAAUUUACAACUCGGCACCGUCCGAGGUUGAGUUCCAUGUGCUUGAUUAGAUUAGAUUCCCUAGAAAUCCAGAGAUAAUUGUAAAGUGCUGUGAACAAAAGCAAUCAAUAAAAAACACUUAAAAAGAAAAUACAGUUAGAGUUUAUAUAUUGAUUAUGUGAAUGAAUAAUUUAUAAUUUAUAAAUCUUUAUUUGUAUAACUUUAAAAUCUGUUUUCUUUUUCUCUUUAUAAAUAUUUUUUUAUCUACUAAAGACAUUUUUCUAAAAGACAUAUGGAAUGUGUAUUUUAUUGGCGCACCAUGAUUUAAGUCCAUCCCGAAUUCACAUAAAUACUUGGUCUGAGGUUUGUAUGAUUGUUGUGGCCAAUAUGAUGAUGAUGAUGAAGACUCGAGUGUUUUCAAGGCCUUUCUCACUGGUGCCGUCGCUCAAAUACCCGCCUCGCGGAGUAGUUAGAGCUUCACGAGAUCAUGUUCGUGCGGACAAUCUAAAAAGUCACAGUCCUUCAGGCUGUUCAUGUGGAAGAAAACAUUUUCUUGAAGCAGCUAGCCCGACGAAGCCCUUGCUUCCCCUCUAUUCUCCUAAUGCUUCGCGAUCCAAGGAUGUUUUGGGAACAUUUCAGCAUCAGAGGCCAGAUUGGUACAAGGAGCUUUUUGCUUGGUUCUUGAGCACAGGAAUGCGAUCUUAUGAAGCAGAGAUCGCCGGUUACAAGAGGAAACUGUUCGAUAAUCUGACUGCUAAAGCAGAAAGAGUGCUGGAGAUUGGUGUUGGUACAGGUCCUAAUCUGAAGUACUAUGCAAGUAAUGAAAACGUCUGCGUUUUCGGUAUGGAUCCAAAUCAAAAAAUGGAAAAGUACGCUUGCGAAGCUGCUAGAGAAGCCGGACUGAAACCUGAAAACUUUAGAUUCAUGCAAGGAGUAGGAGAAGCUAUACCAUUAGAUGAUAACUCUGUGGAUGCAGUCAUUUCAACACUUGUCCUGUGUUCUGUCCCAGAUGUUAAGCAAACACUUCAAGAGAUCAAGCGGGUUCUGAAACCGGGUGGGAUAUUUCUGUUCAUCGAGCAUGUAGCGGCUGAAGAUGGAACUUUUUUCAGGCAUGUCCAAAAUGUAUUGGAUCCACUACAGCAAGUGGUUGCAGACGGAUGUCAUCUGACAAGAAACACCGGCUUAUACAUUGCCGGUGCUGGUUUUAGUGGUGGCGCUGAGAUCAACACUGCGGCAAUGUAUAGCUUCCCUUGGAUAAUUAGACCUCAUGUUUAUGGAGUUGCGUAUAAGUAACUAUGCAAGUAAGAUGCAAAAGGUGUAUAAUUUCAUGAUCGUGUGCUAAAUUAUAUUUUCAGAAUUCUCUUGUAUUAAGCAACUUCUUGUUAAUUUGUGGCAAUUUUCUUGGACUUCUUCAAAUAA